GAUGAGGACGAUGGUCAGGAGGCAGCUCGGCAACAGCAGCAGCGUAUUUUGAACCGUGACUCGCGUGGCGCAUAACGCGUCGCGCCCCGUCAGACCGGUUCUGUGUGCGCCUUUGGGCGCGGCUCGAACCCCGCGCGGCCCGCCCUGCGCCUCCGUCACCGCGUCUCCCGUGACCAGCGCCCCACAGAGCUCCUCGCCUCCCCCCUCUCCUCACAGGCGGAGCGCACUCCUCUCGUCUCACUGCGUCUGCUGCUGCUGCCGCCCCUGCUGCAUGUCUUGAGAGAACGGAGAGAGACAGAGCGAUAGGAGACGGAGACAGGGAGGGAAGCAAGGACGACUCUCCGUUUGCCUGGAAGAGCGCAGUGGGGCGCGGCUGUCGGAGGAGCGGCAGAAGAGGUUGAGGAGGCCUAGCGGUGCAAGCUCGCACUCGCAGCGCUCACGAUGUCGUACCCCGGCUACCCUGGAGGGGGCUACCCCCCAGCCUAUCCCCCAGGCGCAGGGCCUUAUCCGCCACAGGGUGGGCAGACUUGGGGGACCCCGGGGGCGCCUGUACAAGACCCCUAUGGGGGAGCGGGUGGAGCCUACCCUCCCAUGGCUGGCGGGCAGUACCCCACCCCUGGGCAGCCACCUUAUGGAAGUGGGGGAUACCCCCCAGCACCUGGGAUGGAUCAAGCUGCAUGGGGGUACCCCCCACCAGGUGGCGCCGGGGGGUACCCCCCCCCAGGGGGCACGGGUGGAUUCACCGCCUACCCUGGUGCUGGUGGCCCUGGUGCUGGCUUCGGGGCCCCGCCGGCUGGGUACCCCGCUGGUUACCCCGGCGCACCCGGGCAACCUCCCAUCCAAAACUAUGGUGGCGGUGGUGGUGGCGCUCCACCAGGGUCCUAUCAGCCAGGAAUGCCGGGCGCCCCUGGUGCCUACCCAGGGCCUGCUCCACCGGCACAACCCACGCCCAGCCCGGCCCCUGUGCCACAGCCAAACCCCUACCCUGCCCCGGCUCCGGCCCCUGCCCCGGCUCCUGCUCCUUACCAGCCAACUCCACCAAUUGGAGGCAUGGCCGGCCUGAGCCUGGGCCCCCAGGGAACAGUGAAGCCGAUCGGCAACUUUAACGUCCAGGACGACUGCGAGAUGCUGCGGAAAGCCAUGAAAGGGCUCGGAACCAAUGAGCAGGUGCUUAUGGACUUGGUGGUGAAUCGUUCUAAUGCACAGAGGCAAAAGAUCAAGCUUACCUUCAAAACCAUGUAUGGAAAGGAUCUCAUCCGCGACCUGCGCAGUGAGCUGUCGGGAAACUUUGAGGAGAUCAUGCUGGCGCUUUUCAUGCCCACGACCUACUACGAUGCCUGGAGCCUGCAGAAAGCCAUACAGGGUGCUGGGACCAAUGAGAAGGUUCUGGUGGAGAUCCUGUGCUCGCGCACCAAUCAGGAGAUCCGGGAGAUUGUUUCGUGCUACAAGGACGAGUUUGGCCGUGACUUGGAGAAGGACAUCAAAUCGGACACGAGCGGACACUUCAAACGGCUGCUUAUCUCCAUGUGUCAGGGCAAUCGUGAUGAGAGCCCUUCGGUGGACCUGGCACUAGCGCUCUCUGAUGCGCAGAAGCUUCAGAGCGCCGGUGAGGGGAAGCUCGGCACCGACGAGUCGGCGUUCAACAUGAUCCUGGCGGUGCGCAGCUUCCCGCAGCUGCAGGCCACAUUCCAGGAGUACAUCAAGCUUUCUCAACGAGACAUCAUCAACACAAUUGACAGAGAGUUCUCUGGGAACGUGAAGGACGGACUUAAGGCAAUUGUGCAAUGCGCCAAGAACCGCCCCGUGUUCUUUGCUGAGAGGUUGUUCGAGGCCAUGAAGGGCGCGGGGACCGACGACUCGACGCUCAUCCGCAUCGUGACAUCACGCAGCGAGAUCGACCUGGUGAACGUGAAGCAUGCCUUCCUGGAGAAGUACAACAAGACCCUGUACAAGAUGAUGGAGGGUGACACCAGCGGAGACUACAAACGCAUGCUGCAGGCGAUCGUCGGGCAGAACUGAGCCGUGCCCUAGUGUCCCACGCUGUAGGGUGGUGGCGGCGUAGUAGUUUCAGCAUGCAACAGUAGCCACCAAGCCCUCUCCUAUGUGGAUGUCUUUAUCUAAGCCCCCUCUGCUUCUUUGCUUGCCCAGGUUAGAUUUAUAUUGGCACGGUUGUGUUAAACUCUUGUUUUUGUAUCUUACCCAAUGCCAGUGUUGCCAACCACACAUGCAUCAAGUGCCCCUGAUAACAGCUUUGGGUGUCCCCCACGCUCUCUUCGCAUGUGAACUUCGGAUUUCUGUUUCAUGUAAUGGGAUGGGGUGUCUUUUAAAUUCACAAGUUGUCCAUUUUUUGGAAAUAAAAUGGUUCUACACACAA